ACCUGCAAAAGCUUGGCUAACCUCAAUAUUUCACUGGUUAAAAAGCGCGGUAAAGUUUCAAAACGGUUAUGACUAGUUACAAUGAAUUGCUUUCAAAAAGUUAAGACUGCUUUGCGAAGAUGAGACUCUACUACCAAACGAGACAGCUCCGCGGUUGACACCAGUUCAGAUUUCCUGUUACUAUAGAGUUUGGCAUGCAUCGAAAGAAUUUCCACCAUCUGCUGUGGCUUUAUAUGAUCUGAGGUGAAAAGUAAGACGCUGAAUAUCAAAUAUCCGUCUAUCGAGCGCAUUAAUUGGCGAUCUGCAAGACAUAUUCUCCUGUGAAACGGUCGCGGGCCUGUGUUGAGUUUUCGUGGGCAACGCGUUGAAAUAAUCAACCGCACCAUCUGGCGUUUUUCUUGAUCUUUGACUUCUAGAAAGUUUGGUGCGAUACUUAUUGACUUGUUCAAACAGGAAUUAGUGCCAACAGCAUCGCAAUGUGGUACGUAAUAGUUUUGGCGGGUUGCAGCUCAAGUCACAUGAAUUCGGUUUAAUUCAAGCUAAAUCAGUUAUACAGCAAUGGACUUCGUUUUGAAAGGCUAAUAGGAAGGACGAUGUAUCCUCCGAGGAGAAAAUGCAGAAAGCUGGUGGUCUGGAUUGGUUUGGCAGUCGUCGCGCAAGUAUUGUUCUCUUUAUUUUUGCACGGAGAGUUUAAUUUCGCACCAGUUAGACGCGCGAGAACUACUAAGAAACUCGAUAGGAUUAUAAAAUCACGUCUCUGGCUUCAAAGUCAAGAUGUCGAUCAAAUGGAAGGAAACCACAAGUUUAUUGCGCGAGCAAAACUGGAACAUGCUCGUGGCAAAGACGAGAGUAUAGAUUACGAAGAAAACUUGGUAAUUAGUGAAUUAAAAUCAACAGAUCUUCCGCGAAUGCCUGGAAGGAAUCUUCAUAACCCUCUGCGUGUCAUCGGCCGAAAUCAAGCUAUUAACCUAUCAACAGGGAUAAUUGGGCGCAAAGGACUCAAAGGGAAAGCAAUAUUUGAUGACCGAUCUGCCAAAAAGCAAACUAAUUUAAGUCACGAAAUUAGAACUGAAAAUCAUAGAAGGUCAAACAACUCUACGUUGGAAGAUUUACUUAUUUCUGUUAAGACAACUGGAGAUUAUCACGUUCCGCGCGUCUCGAUUUUACUUGACACAUGGUUUCAAAAUGCCCGGAAGCAGGUUUACUUUUUCACAGAUCGUGAAGAUGCAAAAAUGAAUGAAAGUUUAGGGGGACACCUUAUCAAGACACCUUGUGAAACAGGACACCAGAGGACAAAACUGUGUUGCAAGAUGCAAGCAGAACUAGAUUUGUUUGCAGAGAACUUGAAUGCAAAGUGGUUCUGCCAUUUUGAUGACGAUAACUAUGUCAAUGUACCGACAUUGGUUAAAACGUUGCAAAGUUUCAACCCGCAUGAAGAUGUCUACCUCGGCAAACCAAGUCUGCUGAAAGCGAUGGAGACUUGGGAUACACUGGAUGGAAGUAAGAAAAAGAAGUUUUGGUUUGCCACUGGUGGAGCAGGGUUUUGCUUGAGUCGUGCUCUAGUCAACAGAAUGGACCCUCAUAUCAGUAAUGGCAAGUUCGCACAAAGCUGUGAGCGGAUUAAGCUGCCCGAUGACUGUACUAUUGGAUUCAUAAGUGAAAGUCUUCUUAACGUGAAAUUGACAAGAUCAAGCCUUUUCCACUCUCAUCUGGAACAUCUUCCGGGUUUACAACAAAGCGAGUUCAGCAAACAAAUAAGCUUUAGUCACGGCUACAUGGGUGGCAGAUACAACCGUGUCAACAUCGACGGACCAUUUAACGAACACGUGGACCCCAGUCGGUUUAAAUCAAUCCACUGUCUCCUAUAUCCCGAGACAAGCUGGUGUCCACAGAACACGCGGGUGUCUGUGGUCGAAUGAAGUGGACAAAAUCCAGGGCAGUGUAAAAGGCUAAUCACAAUUCAACAGAUAACUUAAGUGUCAUUGUCAGAGGCUAUUUCAUAUUUAUUUAAUAUUAUCGAUAUUUUGUCCGGAAUCGCCUACUGAUCCAUAUUUUGUAAAACUAUUAGACUCUUGAAUUUAACUUAAAAGUUGCAUUUUAAAAUUUGUACUGUUUGUAAAAUAGGUCUGUAAAUAAGUUAUUGGUACAAUUUGUAUGCAAUAAAAGAAGUCCAAGAACAAAGUUUCCAGAAAACUGUUACAGACAUUCGUCGUUCGUCUGUAUAAAUAUUAAAAAUAAACGAAGUAUAUUUGA